AUGGAUAUGUUGUAUAUUACAGUGAGCUACGUUUGCCUGAUGAUGGGCGUCAUGUUAACGUGGCCAUCAUCCACCCUGCUUCUGUUCUCGUCUGAAAAUACCACACUGAACCGGCCCAUGACAGAAACCGAGGUGUCACUCUUCGGUAGCCUUUCCUCUAUCAGUGCUAUGAUCAGCACACCUUGCUCCGGAUACCUUCUAGACAAGCUUGGUAGAAAAUACUCCUGCAUGUUGUUCUCAUUGCUUCAAGUGCUUUCCUGGGUAAUUGUGACAGUUUGCUACAAAGUGGAAGCAAUCAUCGCGUCAGUCGUCUUAUCAGGACUAAAUGGCUGUAUGUUGCUCGUAGUACCCCUCUAUAUAAGCGAAAUCUGCCAGGAGUCAAUCAGAGGGACGAUGACGUCAGCUGCCAUGGUGUUCUACGGGAUAGGGAUGCUUGUUUCUUACCUCAUGGGCGGCUAUUUAGCUUACGACACGAUGAACUACUCCUGUCUGUCCAUGACUGUACUGGGGGUGGUGUUUCUUGUGCUUAUGAAGGAGUCGCCGAUGCAUCUGAUGUCGAAAGGUCUAGAAAAGGAAGCCGCAAGAUCCAUCGCAUAUUACAGAGGUGUUAAAAUAACUUCCAAAGUUGUUGAAGAAGAAAUUCAAAUGCUUCGAAGAGCGCUAAAUCCGGAGCUGGACGAUUUAACUCCCGAAGUGGAAAAACUACAGCCUACACUGGAGAAAAAAUCCAAGAUAUCCGCGUGGAAGUUCUUUAAAAAAUCUCGAUCAACUCGGCAAGCAUUAAUGGUGUCCCUUGUUUUGUACACGUCUGGGGUCUUCCAAGGGAUGAUGGUAGUGCAGGUGUACGCGGAGCCUUUGUUCUCGGAAGCCGUACCGACUAUGUCCCCGGUUAUUUGCAGCGUUAUAUCCGCAAUCGUGGGAGUCAUUUCCGGUUUCAUUGGUGCCUUCUUAGUCGAGUGGGCAGGCAGACGGUCGCUGAUGAUCUACGCUUCAAUAGCUUCAGGUGUUUGUUGUUUAAUCCUUGGGACCCAAAUUCAUCUGCACUGGGGCCCGCACUGGAUGACAGCAUUGUUCAUCUACCUGUUCGUAUUCACGUACACGUGUGGUGCUGGCACUGUUCCUUAUGUGCUGGUUGCCGAGGUGUUCUUGCCUGAGAUAAAGGGCUUGGCUUCUAUGAUAGCUGUGGAGUGGAACUUCAUUUGCAGCUUCAUUGUGCUCUUCAUCUUCAAUCCAUUAGUUACGGCUAUCGGGUUGGGUCCAGUCUUCUAUAUCUUCAUGGCUGCCUGCUUCCUCUCGGCUAUCUUCUGCUUCUUUUUCUUACCGGAAACUAAAGGACUGACUGUUGAUGUCAUUCAGAAUCUCUUUGCAAAGAAACGUACGCAAGUUAGCUAA